AUGUCUAAUGAUCGAGAAAAGGCUGAACGCUUGGCAGCUGCGAUGGCAAACGAAAUUUCGUCAACAGCAAUGCCGACCAUUGAAGACGCUUUCACAAAACUAAUGGUAUCAAAACUUUUCGUUAAAAGAAAGAAAACACCUGGUAGUUUUGUAUUGAUGUUACGUGAGGAGUCCACAUUGACCAAAGCAGUAUGUGUUCCUCACGCAGCAUGUGCCGAAGAAAUUAGCGUAUGGGUGGGUCGUAAUCGGGCUGUUGGGGGCUUAGCCCAGAUUUAUGAUCAAUUUGUCCAUCAUUGGCGUGAUGCGCUGAAAGUACUGGUACCAGCAGUUGUCUAUACGAUUCAGAAUUUUCUGCUUUAUGUUGCAGUGGAGAAUCUGCCAGCUGCUACUUAUAUGGUCACUUAUCAACUGAAAAUUCUCACCACAGCUGUGUUCACUGUAUUAGUACUGGGUCGAAAACUGUCCAUUCAACAAUGGGUUUCGCUUUUCUUCUUUGUUUGGUGGAGUAGCUAUUGUUCAAUAUGUGAGUGGACUUUUUUGUCGUUCUCGUUCCUCAUUUAA